UUUACCGUCCUCACCUCACAGAUGGAACUGCCAUUCAGGAGAAAUGGAGGAAACGAGAAGAGUCAGUUAAACAUGGCAUUGUAAAGAAAGACAAAACCCUGUCAUUUAGGUUGAACAGCAUGGAAAACUCCUCGGAAUGGAGCAACAUUUCACUCGACUCUGAUUUUGAGCCUUGUGCCACAUUGAGGAGCUCCGGUUCACGAGUCGCCCUCUAUGUCUUCAUCAUCGCCGGGAUCGUCUGCACCGUUGUCGGCAACUUCCUGGUGGUUCUCGCCAUUGCUUACUUCAAACAGCUGCAGUGCCCUACUAACUCUUUCGUAAUGUCUCUGGCUGUCGCUGACUUCCUGGUGGGCCUGGUGGUAAUGCCAUACAGUAUGGUCAGAACAGUAGAAGGAUGUUGGUAUUUUGGCCCAACCUUCUGUCAUCUUCACUCCAGCUUGGACGUUAUGCUCUGCACAGCCUCCAUCUUCCAUUUGAGCUGCAUCGCUUUUGACCGCUAUUACGCUGUCUGUAACCCUUUGGUGUAUUCGUUUAAGAUGUCCCGUAAACGUGUGGGUCUGCUGAUUGUGGUUUGCUGGGCCAUUCCUUUCCUCAUCUCCUUUGGGCCAAUCCUCCUUGGGCUGCACAAGCUUGGCAUGGACGUUACUUUGCCUGAGAAUGUGUGUAUUUUCUUGGUGAACCGUGUUUAUGCCGUCAUGGCGUCUCUUGUUGCAUUUUACCUGCCUAUGGUGACCAUGCUGGUGGCCUACUGGAAGAUCUACAAAGCGGCCAAGAGGCAAGCCAUGCAGAUAAGCGCAAUGGAGGCACAGAUGGCGGCAGGUGUGGGCAAGGACUCGAGCAAGAAACAAAAACAUCGCAAUUCUAUAAGGAGGGAAAGAAAAGCGGCCAAAACUCUGGGCAUUAUCAUGGGGGUGUUCCUUCUUUUCUGGUUGCCCUUCUUUACUGUUAAUAUUGUCGACCCGUUUAUUGAGUACGGGACUGCUGCUGUGAUAUGGGAUGUGUUCCUGUGGUUGGGGUACGUCAACUCCUCCCUAAACCCUUUCCUCUAUGGUUUCUUCAACCGAUCCUUCCGUAGAGCUUUCCUCAUGAUCAUGGGCUGCAGAAUAUGUCUACAUGGGACAACUCAAGGAAUGGACCUCUCUCAUUCAAAAAGAGAUGCCAAUGAGCGCACUGACAACCAGUAG